AUGGAGCUGCGUGACGACCCCCACAGAGAUCCCGGGUGCGCCUGGAUUUACCUCCCUCGCUGGAGGAGACGAUGGCUGCCUUGGCAUCACUCCCGAGGGCGAUGUCCAUCGUUGGGUGGCCGCCAGCAACAAGACCGGCACAGUGGCACGUGGCUUCGCCAUGGAGUGGUCGCUGACGGUGUUGAAGGACGAGGCUGGACAGAAGCUGCAGCUGCGAGAUGUAGCUCUGGGAUUCGGGCAUGGAAGGACAGGUGGAAGCCGCAUCGCUGCCGUGGCACUCAUGGACAGUGGAGAUGUUUUCUCGUCGCAGGCCUGGUAUGCGGACGGGGGCGAUGGCUCCGAAGGCAGCCGCCCCCUGGCAUGCCCAGAUUGGAGGCAGAGGCCGAGUUUGCACGCCACGCUUGUCGUGUCAGUAGCCUGCGGCGGCGGGUUCUGUGCCGUGCUCACCGCCCGCGGGGAGUUGCUUGCAUGGGGGGAGUCAGACUCUGGCGCCCUGGGUCUUGGCGACGUACAACGAGCCGACGAGCCAUCGCUGGUGCAGGGAGAGCUGGCACGACGGCGCGUAGCU